AUGGUUGAAGACUCUAAAGUGAGGGAUGCUUUAAAGAAUGGCGAAAAAAAGGUGCUUCCUGCUUCAUUGGUACCUCAGGCGCCUCCAGUUUUGACUUCUAAAGACAAAACGACACAGCGGCUCAUCAUUGUCUUGUCGAUGGCAUCGCUGGAAACACACAAGAUUUCAUCAUCAUCUGGAGCAGGCGGUGAUAAAUACGUGCUAUUGAAUUGCGAUGACCACCAAGGGCUGUUGAAGAAAAUGGGUCGUGACAUAAGCGAGGCCAGACCAGACAUCACACAUCAAUGCCUGCUUACGCUGCUGGAUUCGCCUAUCAAUAAGGCGGGCAAACUCCAGGUUUAUGUGCAGACCAACAAAGGUGUGCUAAUCGAAGUAAAUCCUACGGUUCGUAUUCCAAGAACGUUCAAGAGAUUUUCCGGUCUGAUGGUCCAGUUGCUGCACAAGCUGUCGAUUAGAUCGGUCAAUUCUGAAGAAAAACUUCUCAAAGUGAUCAAGAAUCCCAUAACGGAUCAUCUGCCCACUAAAUGCCGUAAGGUGACGUUGUCGUUUGACGCUCCAGUGGUUCGUGUCCAAGACUACAUAGAGAAGUUGGACACGGACGAAAGUGUAUGUGUAUUCGUGGGCGCAAUGGCGAGAGGAAAGGAUAAUUUCGCGGAUGAGUGGGUCGACGAAAAGGUCGGUCUUUCCAAUUAUCCCCUAUCUGCAUCGGUUGCGUGCUCCAAAUUUUGCCAUGGCGCCGAAGAUGCGUGGAACAUUUUAUAA